UUGUUCUGCUGUUUUGUGUGUUGGCAGCUAAACUGUCUACGGAGCAUGGCCCGCAAAUACUCAGUACAUUUAAAAUUACUACCUAUCGGCUUCUCAAAAAGAAAAGAAAACUCCACAAUGUUUCACAAAAAGGACCAAAUGAUCUUUUGGCAUCUGAAGCUUAUUUUUGUACAAAGCCAAUGUGAAUUUGUUGAGAAAAGGGUUUCAAGUAGCCGAACACUCAAUGACAUUCUCGGCCAAUAUAUACAUCCAACAGAAUCUGAUCCUGUAUUUCGUCAGAGAUUAAAGAUAUAUGCAUUAUCACCAUGCGAUGAAGUGGAGGUUUUCAUGAAAGUUGAAAACAGACGCUCUGACGCUGUCAGGUAUUACAAGCUGGAUCCUACAAAAAGCCUCAUUGAAAACCUGAAGAACAAGACAAUAAUUGAAUACCCUACACUUCACAUUGUGCUGAAAGAUCAGGCUUCGAAAUAUUUAAUUCUUGGCCAAGAGAUCGCAGAAUGCUGUGAGACAUCUCAAAAUGCAGUCCAUUUUAAAGAAGAGGAUGAAUUGGAAGAAGGAGAACUUAGAGAUGACGAUUGUUAAAAAAAAAAUAUGGUUCUUUAAAACAAUUUUAAGACAAUUUUUACACUGCCAUUUAAUAAAAAGUAAAUUUUUGCUGCAGUAAAAUGAACUUCAGUGUCAAUGUGUUUAUUUUUUGGGUCAAUUUAUCAUAGUUCUUUCUUCUUCAAAUAUUUGUUUCCUCACAUUUAACCCCCCAAUAUCUUCAUUAAAUAUUAUUUUGUAAGCAUUCAAAACUGUUAAUGUGUUUUAAAGCAUAUAAUUGGGUAAUUUGAAUAUAAUUAUUUUCAUCUGCCAGUUUUAACAAUAUAUUUUUUUUAAUGUUACUGUAAGUGUGUAGAAAAUUGGAGUAACAACUAUAAGAAACUGUUCAGUGCUUUUAAACGCAGUAGUUAUCGGCUUUAUGAUAUGACCAUUGUUAUUAGGUAAAUGUGUUUUUCCCUCACUGUAUCAUUUAUGAAAUCAUGUCACUAUGUGCAGUUAUUAUUUUUAAUUUCCUGGAAUUUAUAGGCUAUUGAAACCACAUGCAGUGUUAUCAACUUAAAAUAGCUAAAUGCUGUACAGUAUAUAAAAUAUUAUUGCAUUUAUCAAUUGCAGGAAAAGUUUUUUGGUGAUGUUAUUACUCAGUAAAUGAAUAUGUUUUCCCCAAAACUAGUACUUCCCUGUUCUGAAGUCUUGAAUUUGCUUUAAAAUUUAUUGUAUAGUUUGAUUGCUGCAACUUGGGUAAUAUAGAACAUUUUUUUUGGUGUAUGCAAGUUGGAAUUUGCAAUAAAACCUGUCUAUUAAUUGGAAA